AUGGAUGUGCGAUUACAAAUCCUACUCCUUCAAGUAGCCCGAGAGACGAUUCAAGUAGCAUGUCAUCAGAAGAACAUGUAGAAGAAAUCUUAUCUUCAUUCAUGGAAGAAAACGUUGAGGAACUAUCAGAUUCAGAGAAUGGUUGGGACACGCCUAACAAUUUUGACUACGAACUAGAGUAA